AUGGCCUCGCCUUUGGACCAGGUGGUCAAGGGUGCCCCAACAUCGGAUGCUCGCGCCUCAUCAACACCAGAGCCAUUGAACUCCUCACGAUCAUCUCAAGCUCACCAUUCAGAUCCCUCCACUCCGCGUCCCUCGACCCCAGACCCGCUGGCACACCUGCCAUCCUCCCCGCCCCAGAUCUACCUCAACCUCUUAAUACUCGAAACCUCGCUGCGAGCCCAGUAUCUGGCCCUGCGUGAGCGUCGCCGCCAGAACACGUUCUUCCUACUUCUGCUAGCCGCUUGGCUUGCCCAUUUUGCAUACGCCCUUUUCCUUCGCCCACGUGAAGAUGGCCGCGGGGUCGGUGGCUCUGUCUACUGGGUGGUGGAGAUGGGGGAGAAAGUCGCCCUGCUUGGCGGGGUGGUUACCGCACUGCUCGUCUGGGGUACAGGGCAAUGGGAACGAGGAAUCAGAUGGCCUCGGCGCUGGCUCGCUGUCUCCAAUCGCGGCCUGCGCGUGAUGAACACCAAGAUCAUUAUCAUCCGCGGUCCCUUCUGGCAGGAGCUACUGUCUUACAUCUCAUUCCUGUUCCCUUUCUCCGCCCCGUUCUUACCCUCCCCCAAUGGAAACUACCAUUUCGUGGAGCAGAGCCUCUCCGAUAAACGCGCUGGUGGUGGUCGGCAGCACUAUCAACAGUACUACAACGGCACCGACACCGAGUCCGGCUUGGUAGAAGAAGACCUCAGCCCGGGAGGCGACUACAUCCGUCUCCUCCUGCUACCCAAGUCCUUCUCUCCAGAAUUCCGCGAAAACUGGGACGAUUACCGCACAGACUUCUGGGAAAAGGAAAACGAGCGCCGCGCCCAGCUACGCCUCAAACUGCGCGAGCGCGAGCACCACCUCGCCCAAACAGAAGGCGGCUGGCUCGGCCGGCUCGGGCUAGGCUGGCGCGCCUCCCAGCGCCGCCGCCUCGUCGCAGCAACCCUGCACCGCCCAAUCGAGCCGGAAUUCAAACACCGCCUAGGCCACGGCCACCACCCCUCCAUCGCGAAACUCAACCAGGAGCAGCGCGGCCCCUCCUCCCGCCGUAGUACCCGCUCCGAGUCCCAUUCCCGUACCUCAUCCCGCAGCACCACCCCGGUCGACACCACCUUCGAAGACCGCCCCCCUUCCCGCUCUUCCACUUCCAGCCGACCCCGCCGCGGAAGUACAGCCUCUGGGCAGGACGCGAGCCCACAGCAGCGGAAACGGAAGGGCUCGACGCUUCGGCGGGGUCUGUCGCCUCUCACGCAGGCGCAGAUCAGAGAGGGUGUACGGACCCCGUCCUUCUCGUCUGACGACUCUGUGCUGCCUAUGGGUAUGAUUGAGAAAGAUAAAGAGGAGGCUAUACCGAAUGCUGUUGCGGAAUUGUAA